AAUACCUAAUUCCUUGCGUGGUUUGGUUUGUUUUGAAUGAUGAUAUCAAAACAAAUCAUAUUUCAGUUUAUUACUGCUCGUUGUUACUAUCUCGUCUUCUAAUCUGUUUGGUGUCUUACAAUUAUAAACAUCAUUUUUUGUGCAAAGCGCUCAUAAAACCGGACUGCUCUGAUAAGAGUCUUACUAAUUGUUCAAUAUAAUACUAGCUUCGAAGAGUUGUGUUUCAACGUUCAUCUCAUUGAUUUUCUUACUAUCAUUUAGACCUCUGUUGGAAUCGGUUGCACUUAUUCUUUGAGCCUCCAAUACAUUGCUUGUUACUGUUGCACCGGAAAUGAAGGACAAUCUAACUGCUGUUUUGUAUGGGAUCGAAGAUCUGCGCUUGGAACAACGCCCCAUCCCAACACCGAAAGAUGAUGAGGUCCUGUUGGAAAUGGACAGUGUCGGUAUUUGUGGCUCAGAUGUGCAUUAUCUGGUAAACGGUCGAAUCGGGGACUUCGUGUUGCGUAAACCGAUGGUGAUUGGGCAUGAAGCAUCUGGGAUCGUAUCGAAAGUAGGUUCCAAGGUCAAAAAUGUACAAGUAGGUGAUCGAGUAGCCAUCGAACCUGGCUACGGUUGUCGUGUGUGCGAUUUUUGCAAAGCAGGUCGUUACAAUCUGUGUGAGGACAUGAUUUUCUGUGCGACCCCUCCUUUUGAUGGAAAUUUGACCAGAUAUUUCACACAUCCCGCCGAUUUCUGCUACAAACUGCCACCACAUGUAACCAUGGAAGAGGGAGCACUACUAGAGCCAUUGUCUGUAGGAGUGCACGCCUGUCGAAGGGCGCAGGUUGGGUUGGGUUCGGAGGUGCUGAUCCUCGGAGCUGGCCCGAUCGGAUUGGUAACAUUGAUUACGGCUAAAUCGAUGGGAGCCGGAAAGAUUGUGAUUACUGAUUUGCAGCAGAGCCGGCUUGAUGUUGCUAAAGAGCUCGGUGCAGAUGCAACUCUAAUUAUUGAAAAAGGAAAAAGUGAACAGGAGAUUGUCAAGCAGAUUCAUACACUGUUCGGAGGAGCUCCAGACAAAACCAUUGACUGCAGUGGCGCAGAGGCAACCUCUAGGCUAUCAAUCUUGGCUACUCGAUCUGGGGGAUGUGCCGUUUUGGUAGGCAUGGGGCCCCCCGAAGUCAAAUUACCACUGGUAAACGCCCUAGCACGUGAGGUAGACAUUCGUGGCGUGUUUCGUUAUUGCAAUGAUUAUCCAGCUGCCCUAAGCCUGGUAGCCAGUGGCAAGAUUGAUGUUAAGCGCCUUAUUACUCACCAUUUCAACAUAGAAGAAACUAUGGACGCUUUCAAAACAUCUCGUCAUGGGCUUGAAGGUGCGAUUAAAGUUAUGAUUCAUGUUCAACCAAAGGAUAAGAACAAUCCAAAGUAAUGAGCUACACUUGGCAUUCGCAUGGUAAAAAGAUUUAUAUGUCAUGCAUUUAAAGAAUUCAUAGAAUCAUGCUAUGAUCGAUUCUGUUUAUACAAAAACUUUGCAUAUGUUUUUAAUAAACGUUGAACACGCAA